GUGUACUCAGAUGCCGGCUAUAAAAGCCUUUGGCCAGGCGCAGUUCGAGCAACAAUCGAAAUCCCAACGCAUCAUGUACAAGCACGUGUUCCUAAUUGCUGUGCUGCUGAUCUCGGCCAGCUGGGCGCGCGACGAUGACGCACACGCCAAGGCGGAGGAGCACAAAAAGGAGGACGGACACGGCAACUUUGCGUACAGCUAUGACAUAACCAACGGCAUUGGCGCCCAGGAGGCGGGCGAUGCCCAUAAUAAUGUGCAUGGCCAGUUUCACUUUGUGUCCAAGGAGGGCGUGCCCGUUCAGGUGUCCUACACGGCCGAUGAGAACGGCUAUCAUCCGCAGGGCGACUCGCUGCCGACGCCGCCGCCCACGCCCGAGGCCAUACUCAAGGCCCUGGCCUACAUUGAGGCGCAUCCGCCCAAGGAGGAGGCGAAGCCACGCCCACAACCGCAGCCACACGGCAACCUCAGACAUUAGGGUAUACCUUGCCGACAUCCCCAACAGGCCAUUUCAAUUGCAAUUGGAU